UUACAAUACGAUAAUACAAGAAGCACCUCUAUUACAUUAAGCAUAAUAGCUGAAGAAAUAUCAUACGCUCUUUAUCAAGAGCUCUGAUUGAUUGAUGAAUUGAUAAUAGUCGCUAUAUUCAGAACCGCCGUAACAGGUGAAUGCGGCUGGUAAAGAUCUGUAUCUUUCACAAAAAAAACUCGCUAUAAGAUACCAGUAGUAGAGAAAUAGAUAACAUUAUAAAAGUACCAAUGCAGUUAUCAUCAUGCUUUUAUUCUCAUUCAAACUCAAGACUGAUUAAAAUCACAGCUCAUUGCUACAUGAUGCUUACGACAAAAUUGACACACCCAGAUUUAUAAACAAGCACAGUGUACAAGCAAUUGUUCACAACAGUUAACACAGAGACGUUGAUACAAUGACAACCAAUUUGCAAUCAGUUGCUACACUCCACCUAAGUACAGUAUCCGAAAGGAACUAAAAUGUCACGAGCAUCUGAAAACAAUAAAAAUAUAAAUGAGUCUAUCUUAUGGCAGCUGAGAAAGCCGGCCCAAGCAAGUUAUUGUUGGAAAAUUUCCUAGCAUGAAGAAUUAGAUAAUGGUGAAAUAAUUUCGAAAGGCAAUUGAAAGAGAUUAAAGUGGCUUAAGCCAUCUGUCCAUCAAUGUAAGCCAAUCAGUAGGCGUGUGCGUUGUAACACUCUCACUGUUUGGCCAGUUGAUGAUUGUAACACUUGAGAAACAACGAGUAUCGACAUUUUCAAAAGCGUUAAUAAUCUGGAGUACUCAACAUCGACUUUUUUUCUUGAAAAAAUGAGUGCAAGCCUUAUAACCGAUUUCUCAGCAGACAUUCUUGAUACAAUGCAAUUCACUCUAUUGACAAGCUUCAUUUGCACGAUUGAUAACACUUAAAAACAUUCCCUCCACUUCCUUUAAACAAUGUUGCUUGAAAGUUGUUCCCGGGGACUCAAGCUUUUAUGUGCUUAAAAUUAUCUUCAUAAAACACUGUGUUGGCACACUUCUAAUAUGAUAUUCCUAACUUUCAAAAUAAAACGUUUCCAGUUACAGAGUGUUUCAAGAACUUUUGACUCGGAAAGUGCGUUAAAUUGCGUAAAGAGAAAAAUCGAAAUGAGUUCAUUUGAAAUGCUUAUGUAUGCAUAUUUUUGUCAAGAUUGAAUCAUGAGGACAUAUCUGAAGAAAAUAUCUAGACAUCUAGUCUGGAAACAACGAAUCUAGCUGAUGAACUUUGUCGUGAGCCCAAUCAAAAUAAAAAGAGUUGGAAAGCUUGAAGGAAUAUUCUCAUUGAAGAAGAUGACGAGAGAAGAUAGCAGCUGCCGAGAAAAGGAACAUAAUUGCAUUUUUAACUGUAUUUUUGAUACUGCUUGAUUUAUCAGAGCAGUUGAAAGAAAUGGGAAUUUCACUGCUAUAUCCCAGAGAUUCAAUAUUCGUUGUCUGUUCAAGCAUGGAAAAUCUCUGGUUCUUUGAUUAAAGUCCGACAUCCAGUAACAGAAUCAAGAUUUUAUUCCUGCUAUGGAUAAUACUGUCCAGAGAAUUAAGCAGCCUCAUUUUGAAUACUUGUCAAGGUUCUUGUCUUGCUCAUACAAAAGUUUGAUACUGGCUUUGAUUUUAAACAAAAACUUGCAAAUUUUCAUCUUUCGUAGUGCACAAUUUGAGUACAUACAGAAUUCUAAUGCAUUUUGACGGUUAAACUAAUUGGGGGAUGUGAAACUACACCCUAAUGACUUUUGUAUUUGAAUAGCAUAUAAUUUUUUAAUAAUCACAUCGUCAAAAAAUCUGUGAUUGAAUCUCUAACAAUAUAGACAUUUCUUGCCGGACAAUCGUUAGUUUUCUUAUCACUUUUUUAAGAUAAAAAAUCUUUAAUCGAAAUGUCCCAAACUAGGCUGUUGAUUGAAAUGGUGUGUUGUGCAUGUAGUUUUUUUCACAUCUUCUAUAUCGAUUAGUUGUAAUUUGAGCAAACCAUUAUAGAGAAUACAAGAAACCUUCAACAACUAAAGUAUUUCUGUGAAAAAGCAAAUUCAAUUGAAUCAAACGUGAAACCCCGAUGCCCUUGUGUAUCCUAUCCUUGUGUAUUUCAAAAAACCUUUUCCUCUUUUUUCGGCUUCUGAUGCACAGCCGUUUCUAUAAAGUCACGCUGGUAUAAUAAAUGAUGUCAUUGAAAAGCAUACUUGAUUUUUCUUUAAUCUUCUUUGAGUGAAGGAAAUUCAUUUUAACAUAACCGUCGGUAUAAAGAAGAUUGUUGGAGUCAAAACAUCCUUGCAAACAAUAAGUUUAUUCCGCGAGAGAGAUCAUGCGCUCUAAGCUCAUGGCUGGUUGCAAAGCUUAUAAUUCAGUAGAUCUUGUUCAACUAAUAAAACUUCUGCAAAUAAUGUGGCAGCAUUGCUUUACAAAUCUUGUGCUGCCUUUGCAGGCCUUUUGAAAAGUAUAAAAGAGGGUAAUGAUUAAAGUACAUAUUAAAAAAGCCCAUUUCAUGCUUGGUCCGUAUCUUAUCAAAACGUUGCAGUUUCAUGUAGAAGAGAUUGACGUAAAGUCAGUCAACCUACUCGAUGAAUAAUUGAUCAACUGAAUGUUGAGCGUGCAAGUUUGCUUUCUAGUUUCACAUUCUAUUUACAGAUAAGCCAGCUGCGUGAAUUGUUCAGAUGUAUAAACAAGGGAUACAUGGAUAUGCAUACGAAGAAAACUGGAAAUGAAGUCUGCAAUCUAAGGAUGAUCAAUUAUUUGAUGAUCAUCUUUCCUUUGCUCCAUGUAGCGUCGGGAAAUAGUGGAGGGAUUGCUACUAGAAUCAAACAGGUAUAUGUUAUGUUUGGCAGUGAUUUUGUUUACGAAUCACUGAGCGGUAACCCAAAACUUGGGUUUACAUCAACGUCUAAUGAUAAACAAGUGUUUGAUGUAUACAGCGACAAAACAAUGAGAAAGCCAGGUACAACAAUUUGUUUGGCGGAAAGAUCGACUGGAGGUCACUUAUUCUUUGACGAUUGUUUAACAUCUUCGCUGGUUUUGACCUACGAUCCUGAAAUCAAGACAUAUAGGACUGAGAGCCAAUGUUGGACUAAAGUUGACGCAGCCAUCAAAAUGGGGGAAUGUACAACAUCAGACUUUAUUCAACACGAUAUAGAUGAAAUGACAACAACAACAACAACAACAACAACAACAACAACAACAACAACAACAACAAUACAUGGUCACGGCACCAUCCAUAUGACGACGCUAAUGAUAUCGUCGUCUUCUUUCCCAGCAGUGCCAGCUACAGGGGCUCAAACAGCAACAAAAGCUUUCUCCAGCUCUUUGAGCACUGCUCAGUCUUACAAAACAGAAGUAAAAGAUGGAUUUACGAUAACACCUUCGUCUACGCUUACAGAAACAAAAGCAUCUACCAGCAUUGUGAACACGACCGAGAAUCUUGAAGUUAACGAUUUUUACUUAGCCAACCCUGGACAGCAAUGUUUAGAAUUCUGCCAAAGAAUAGGGAAAAUUUGCACAAGUACAAUCGUCACAGGAAAUUCUGAGUCCGUGUUUACCGCUGAAGGCGUUACAUGCUUGGACAGUGAAACAAAAAAACUAUGGCAGAAAGCAUAUGACCCAUCAUACUACAUCAACGGUUCUAUUUGCGCUGGAUAUAUAGCAGUAAAUGAAUCAGGAAUCAAUUGUCACGUUCAAGGGUUCAACAAUACUGGAAUAAGACGACUGUGUAAAUGUUUGAUAUCAGGUGAUGAAGAUAAUUUCGGACCUUGGCUUCCCUGGUCAUCUUGUUCUGCGUCUUGUAAUGGAGGUGUACAAACCAGAACACGCACGUGUAUUGUAGAUUCGUGUUCAGGCCAAACAUCAGACCAAAAAAACUGCAAUACACACCCUUGCCCGAUCCAUGGAGGAUUUUCUGAAUGGUCUGUAUGGUCAGAGUGCACACAAACAUGCGGAGGAGGACAGAAAACCCGGAGCAGAACAUGCACCAACCCUUCCCCCCAAUACGGGGGUUUUGAUUGCUUCGGAGAUAGAUCAAAAAGUGACAUAUGCAAUUUGAACUUUUGUCCGGUUCAUGGCAACUGGAGCUCUUGGACAGAAUGGUCGGCGUGUGAUAAACCAUGCAACUCAGGACGAAAUAUGCGAUGGCGUUUCUGUAACAACCCUGCCCCACUUUAUGGCGGUAAUGUUUGUCCAGGAAACAGUACCAGUGAGAUGAAAUGCAACGAUAAACCUUGUCCAGCCGAGAAUGUCACAGUUGUUGAUGUUAAGUUUGAUCUCUUGUGGAACAACAGUAUGGGCAUCAAAGGUUCUUCAGCAUUCAAUGACUUCCGAGAUCUUCUGCAACUCAACGCAAGAAGACUCUUUACCUUCUCAUCUGUCAACUCAACAUACCUUACUACAAGUGUCGGCUCACUGCGGCAAGGUAGUAUUGUUGGGACAUUUACGCUCGUUUUUACUGGCCUUGAUUCUUUUCAAAUACUUCUUCUGCAAGAGGCAAUAGAAAACGAUAAAUAUCUUGGAAAACUUAAGAUAAUUGGUUCAAAUCAGACGUUUAAAACUACCAUAGUGCCCGGAUCAGCUCCACUGAACUUCACACUAACGCCAUUAACAUCUACAUCAAUCACAGCUUCAUGGGAAGAGCCUCCGUUGCAGCACCAAAAUGGCAACAUAAGUGGUUAUAUUUUGUUUUAUAAAGAAAAGCUUCUGCGAUCUGAGCCAUACAGCAGCAUCGCAACUACUGGGUUGAAGCUGACCCUGUUUGGUUUGAAGGUAUUCACAGAAUAUACCUUCCGUGUUCUUGCUUACAAUGAAAAUGGCAAUGGUAUAGCAACAGAAGAGAGAUAUAUCUAUACAAAAGAAUCAAAGCCAAGCCAGCCACCUAAACUUGUUAGUGCCAACGGAACUUCUGGGUUCACAGCAAUUGUCCAAUGGACUCAUAUAACACAAGAGCAGUGGAAUGGGCAACCCCUUGGAACUCUUAUCAAAUAUGACAAUCUCAAUGGACACAAAGGGAAUGUCUCUGUCACAUAUCCUGGAUCUUCGGUACUUCUUUCCAAUCUAUUUCCAAUCUCAACAUACGUGAUUGAUGUCUGUGAAAUGACAGCUCCAGGACCUGGGCCUUGUCAGAGGGUGCAGGCAACAACAUUACCUAGUGCUCCAUCGAAAGCACCCGAAAAUGUGAUCAUCGAGAGCAUCUUGUGGCAUAGUCAGAUAAAAAUCGAAUGGAGUUCAAUAAAUUCUGCUUUUGUACACGGUGAUUUGCUGGGCUACAAAGUUCUGUAUACGCUCAAUAAAAUAGCAGGGCAGAACAUUGUUGGAUCAAAAACAUUGGUGAAAGAGGUACACCCCUCGUUAAAUAACUCAGUGUUGUCAGACUUACAACCAAAUUCCCAAUACAGUAUUCAAAUUUUGGCAUACAAUAUUCAAGGGGAUGGAGUGAUGUCUGCUAUAUCGUAUGGAGAAACCUGCGCCUGUCCUCCUAAAAUGUAUACAAACUUCGCUGCAAGUGCCCCAUACAUAUACAGGGAUAGUAAAGGAAACAUUGACGGUCUCUUUGCAAGCAUUCUAUCUAAUCUAACACAAUACACAUGUGGGACAUGCAAAAGGAGCCCAGAAAGUCAGAUAGACUACAAAAAUAAUGGAAAGAAUGGCUGGGCUGAAAAACGGUCGCUGCAAGAAAUGAAAAAGGACAUUGACAGUUAUGUAGACAUAAGUUUUCCUGUAUUUGGAAGCAAUGAACUCACAACAUACUACGGAUUUUCGUUUGUGCCAGUUUUCAGCCAUCCUGGAGUAGUUUAUUUUAUCAUCAAAGACAGUGUACAAGAUCAAAUAGCUAACAUGAUGCGUGGAGUUCUAGAGACAUGGCCGAUAUUUGCAAUGAAUGUCGUGUUAUUAACCUUAGCUGGAUACAUCAUGUGGGCACUUGAGUUUGGAAACAAGGAGAGCGAUUUCCCUAACAGCUGCUUACCAGGAGUUUUCGAUGGAAUGUACUGGGCAUAUAUCACAAUGGGAACACACGGAUAUGGAGAUCUGGUACCUCGAGGAUUGGGACCAAGGUUAUUUGCUAUGGUCUGGAUACUUGUUGGAAUGAUUAAUCUGGCAAUAUUCACGGGAGCCUUAACAACAGCAAUAACUGCAACUCAGGUUUACAGUGACCCAUCGCUGUAUGGAGUGGAGGUAGCUGCAAUUCACGAUUCAGUGGCGCAUAAAAUAGGGAUUUACAGGAAUGCCAAAGUUAACACAAAGAAAAAAUACAACACAAUUGAAGAAGUAGCAGAAGCUUUGAAAACGCGUCAGGUCCGCGGUGCAAUUGUAGACAUAUAUUCUGCGGCAGCCCGGGAAGAUCUGUUUUCGGAUUCUGAUAUCAUAGCAAAAAGAAGCAUCAGAUACCCAAGUGCCUAUGGAUUUGUAUUGUCGGGAGACAUGAAAAAUGCAGCACCUCAGUUCAGAAGUUAUCUCAAUGCACAAUCUAAUACUAUUUUGAAGUUCAUUGAAGAAAGGACGGCUGGAUUAGAGGUGAAUGAAGAAAAGGGAGAGACGGUUUCAAUGUUUGAUUCUCAUUCACCCCUGCUGAGGAAAUCUCUUAUAACAGUCAGCUCACUUUUCGUCAUUGGAUUUAUCAUGGGCUUUUUAUACACAAUUCACAAAAGGAAAAGGCUGUCUUUAAAGGAACAAAAAGAACCGUUCGAACUCAAACAUAUUGAAAGAGUCUGUGAAGAAGCAUUAGCAGAGUUUACAGACGCCUGGACAGAAAAUGUGGAAAAAAUGUAUGCAAGGCAUAUGAAGAAAAGAAUGGAGUUUCUUUCCAAGGACAACAAGCAGAAGAUGAAAGGAGUUUUCGGCUCCUUCAGAUUUUUGAAAGGCAAAAACCGCACCAUACCUAGUAAAGAGACUAUACUUUUAGGUAGCGGGGCCAGUUUUGAUAAUUUUGAAGCCCGUAUGACAAACAGUAGAGCAACAGCUUUGACGGGUGCAUGGAGCCCAGAGAACAAAACAGCUCGAUCUCAGCGACCUUCGAUUCACUCACACAUGUCUACUAUAGACGACAAUGGUAAAAAUAUGCCUGAUGUUAGCUAGUUGACAAAUGUUUCGCAUACAGUUCGAUAGAUAUCAAAGGUCGUCAUCAGACAAGCUAACAUGUGGAUCUGGCGAUCACGAAAACCAAAAUAUGUCAAAAUGCACCAGUACAACAAACCUUUGUAGGGACAAGCCUUGAUGGGACAUUUUACGAAGUAUUUUUCAGCAAUGUAUUAAAGACUCCUGCGAGAGAAACGGCAAGGAGCAGUUUAGAUCACACACCUCUUUUUUGCUGACAAACACAACAGUACUUUACCCUAACAAAUCUAGCAUCAUCAAACAAGCAGGACAAUGAGACCUAUGAAAAGUGGACAAAUAAGUCACAAAAUUGAUUAAAAUUCCUAAGAAAAAUG